AUGAUCACAGCAAUAUUUAUAUACGAUUCUAAAGGAGAUAUACUUAUAUCUAAGCUUUACAAGGAUGAAAUAAAGAGGAACAUUGCCGACGUAUUUCGAAUACAGGUUAUCAAUCUGGCAUCCGCUGGCAGAUCGAAUCGGGACCAACGAACACCUGUGUUGACUUUGGGAUCCACAUCAUUCAUUUAUAUAAAGCUGGGUAAUGUUUGGAUAUGUGCUGUAGCCAGGUCCAAUCAGGAUUGUUCAGCAAUUUUGGAAUUCUUGUACAAAUUAGAAUCGCUUUUUUGCAUGGUGCUAUGGGAGGACAACAAAAAGAAGUCGCUGCAACAGAAGCCAACAUUAUCAGAUAUAGCCAUUGUCAACAAUUUCCCCCUCUGCUACGACAUUUUGGGCGAGGUAUGUGAUUAUGGGUACCCCACAAAUAUGGAUUUAGAGUAUUUGAAAAAGUAUGUUGUUGGAUUGAAUGAUUCCAACCUUGGUAUAUUCAGAAGGGCCUCUUUCAACCCAUUGAAAAAGAGCGCACCACCAGUACAAACACCACCGGUCCAUCAGACUGUCACCUGGAGAUCUCCAACAAUCAAAUAUAGGAGAAACGAAAUAUUUUUGAAUGUGCAAGAAAAGGUGAAUGUAUUAAUGAAUUUUCAAGGGGAUGUACUUCGUAGCUCUAUCGACGGGGCAAUAAAGAUGAAGACACGUUUAUCAGGCAUGCCCCAGUGCCGGUUCGGGUUCAAUCAGAAUACUACAUUACUUUCCAACUAUGACGUGCCAAAUGACGAAAGGGAAGGCGUGGUUGCACUAGAGGAUUCUAAAUUCCAUCAAUGUGUUGAGUUAGGAGCUUUUGAAAACGACAGAUCUAUUCAAUUUAUACCUCCAGAUGGCGAGUUUCAACUCAUGAGUUACAAUUGUAACCACAACAUUAAUUUGCCAUUCAAGGUAUACCCUCAAGUGCAAGAAAUCGGAAGGAACAAAAUUAUUUACAAAAUCAGAAUGAAGUCAUUUCAAGCGCCCAAACUUCCGGCGACAGAGGUGGUGAUGCAUGUCCCCACACCACGUGGGGUAUCACUGACAAACAUUUCCAAUUCGAAUGGAAAAGCCAAGUUCCAUUCCGAAGAGAAUGAAAUCACCUGGAAGUUUAAUAAGCUAUUUGGAGAACAAGAGAACAUAUUAACAGCAGAGGUUGAAGUCAAACCACACUCAACUGAGUUCAUACAGUGGAACAGACCUCCAAUAACGUUGGACUUUGUCGUGGAUAUGUUCUCAAGUUCAGGAUUGACUGUUCGGUACUUAAAAGUACAGGAGAAAUCCAACUACAAGACUGUGAAAUGGGUUCGCUAUACGACUCUGUCAGGCUCAUACGAGAUAAGAUACUAA